AUGGAGGUGGCGGGUGUAUGAAAACGACUGAAACCUGCUUCCCUAUUGGGGUCGCUGGCGGCAUAGUAAGGGGCAUCCACAGAAGGGAGGUAUUAUUGAAUAAGUACUGCAGAAGAGACAGGCUGGGACUUGUAGUCCGCCUGAUAGUGGUGCACUGGGCGGUGUAUGUAUCCGGUCUCCUCCUCUCUGAGACUCGGGGCUUUGCUUGUAGCUGGAUUUGCUGCCGUGUUGUAUAUGAAUCCUCUGCUGAGGACUGUAGGACUGCGGGCGUUCUCCAUGGCCACCGAGGCGUAUAAACCAGGAUCCAUUUCUGCUGCUUAUGUCACCUGUCCUAACGAGACCGUGGCCAAGGAUAUCGCAAGGGGCUUGGUGGAGCGGAAGCUGGCAGCCUGUGUGAAUAUCAUACCGCAGGUCACCUCUAUAUAUGAAUGGAAGGGGAAGAUUGAAGAGGAUAGUGAGAUAUUGCUGAUGAUUAAGACCCGAUCUUCGAAGGUUCCCGCUCUGACAGAAUAUGUCAGGUCAGUUCAUCCGUAUGAGGUCUGCGAGGUGAUCAGCGUCCCCAUAGAACAGGGGAACGCUCCUUAUCUGUCCUGGGUCGCUGACAACGUGCCGGAGUGAGAUCCGAAGCUGCAAUCAUUGAAGACUGGGAGAAAGACGUCAAAUUAGAAUUAAAUGCUUUUUCUUUUUUAAAUGAAAAGUUCUGUUUUUUUAUUUACAUUUUUACACAUCUGACGGGCUAUGUCUUUACAUGUGACAGUUUUCUCGCCGCAGUACAGCAGCGACCAGAUGUUACACCGGUGUGCAUAGGAUCCUACGGCAUUGUGUGUGCGCUUUGUUAGUCGCCAUUUUGUUGGAAAUUUGAUGCAGUUUUCAUGUAACUGUUCAAAUCAGAAAAACAGCACCACCCCCAGAUACAGCUUGUGUCUGGUAUUGCAGGUCAGCUCGAUAUUAGCAAAUGAUGCUGAGUUGUAAUACCUCACACAACCUGUGGACAGGUGUGGCGCUGUUUUUGGAACAAAGCAGCCAUGUUUACCUUACCUUUUAUAACACCUUUAAAUAAAAUUUAAAAAGUUGCACAAAU